CUAUUACGUACUCACCCAACCUUAUAAUACACUCAUAGCUUUCCUUGUGCUCCUAAAACAAUUCUGAUUGUACACUUCUUCUUCAUUCUUCAAUCGUCUUUGCCUUGAUUUUGUUAAAUUAAGAUGGAGAAUGACGGAAUCAUGUGCUUGAAGAAACUCUUUCAUACUUCCAUUGUGGUGCUACUUUUUCUACAAUGUUUCAACCCUUCCCUAUCCUCUGGAUUCUAUAAUGUUUCUGUCGAAUUCAGAGCAAUUAGCCAUCGGGUGGUGACGAGGUGCAUAGAGAGUGAAAGGGAAGCACUCCUUGCUUUCAAACAAGGCCUGGUGGAUGACUAUGAUCUCCUCUCCUCGUGGGGAAGAGAAGAACACAAGCAAGAUUGUUGCCAAUGGCUUGGCGUCCACUGCAGCAAUCGAACCAACCAUGUUACUCAACUUCAUCUUGGAUGGUCUCAUUUGGAUCAAGCGUACGCACUUCAACAGAAAGGACGCCCACAGUAUAUCUUUAUUAUUUGCAAGGUAAGAUGAUGAGUCCUAAACUGAUUAAGUUGAAGCAUUUGAAAUAUUUGGACCUUUCACAGAUUAACUUCAAUGGAAGCCAAGUUCCAGAUUUCAUUGGGUCUCUUUCCAACUUAAGGCACCUCGAUCUCUCUUAUGCUUCUUUUGGUGGUCGAAUUCCAACUCAGAUCGGAAACCUUACCCACUUGCAAUAUCUUAAUCUCAAUGCUAAUAACUUUGCUAAUGUAGAAAAUCUGAAUUCAUGGCUGCCUCAUCUUUCUGCUUUAACAUAUUUGUACCUGAGUAGAAGCAAUCUCAGUAAUGUUCCUGACUGGCUGGAAAUAGUUAAUAAGCUCCCUAAACUUACAAACUUGUCUCUGUCUUAUUGUAGUCUUCCAUCUCCUCUAAUUCAUUCCAGUACUCUUUUUAACAUAAAUUCUUCUAAAUCUCUUGCUCAUGUUGAUCUCAGUGAAAACCAACUCCCAUUUUCUUCAUCUUCUUCCAUAUUUGUGUGGUUAUCCAAAUAUAAUGUCAGCCUUGUUCAUCUUGACCUCUCUGAAAACCAAAUUGAAGGAGGGAUUCCGCAAUCUUUUUCCGGGUUAUGUAAUCUACAAGAAUUGUACCUUUCCAACAACAUUCUGAGUGGACAACUUUCUUGGUUGGUUCAAAUAUUAAUGUCUGCAUGUCCUGAUCAGAACUCAUUAGAAACUUUGGCCCUCACAAACACUUAUCUUUCUGGAUCAAUUCCUAAUCUCACAAACUUUUCAUCUUUGAAAUAUUUAGAUCUCUAUGCCAAUCAAUUGAGUGGAACAAUACCUGAAAGCAUUGGGCAUAUGUCUAGGCUCGAGAGUAUCUACCUUGGUAUGAAUGCUUUGGACGGUGUGGUUUCGGAAAGCCACUUCUCUAAUCUCUCCAGAUUAAGGGAUUUGGAUAUGUCCUAUACCUCACUAUCUUUAAACUUCAGUUCUAAUUGGAUUCCUCCUUUCCAAUUGUAUUCGAUAUUUUUGAGCUCUUGCAUGGUGGGUCCACAUUUCCCAAAAUGGCUUCAAAAUCAGAAAAGUUAUAAGGACCUGGAUAUUUCUAAUGCAAGUAUUUCUGAUAUCCUUCCAAGUUGGUUUUGGAGCCCUUUGUCUCAUCAGGAUCCUGGAUCUAUUUUUAUAAAUCUUUCCAACAACCGAAUUAGAGGAACAAUUCCAAAUUCAAGAUUUGAGUUUUCCUCAUCAUCCUUUAGUCAAGUGAAUUUGAGUUGGAACCGAUUGGAAAGUCCAGUCCCUUCAUUCCUUUCCACAGCGACAUAUCUAGAUCUCUCCAACAAUAAGCUUUCAGGGUUAAUUUCUUUCAUGUGUCCAAAGACUUCGAACAAGGUUAGUCGUUUAGCCUUUCUUGAUCUCUCAAGCAACAAUUUGUAUGAACAACUUCCUAAUUGUUGGACACGUUUUGAAAAUCUUGCCUUUCUUGAUUUGAGUGAUAAUGCUCUUUAUGGGAAAAUUCCUACCACAAUGGGCUCUUUACCUUCUAUUAAAACGUUGAAGUUAAACAAUAAUGGGUUUGUGGGGGAAUUGCCUUCAUCCUUGAACAACUUAACCAGACUUGGUGUUUUUGAUGUCGGAGAAAAUAACUUAUCAGGUUUGAUACCUGAAUGGUUAGGGGUUGGACUUCCAAAUUUGGCUAUCCUCAUCCUCCGUUCUAAUCACUUCUAUGGAAGCAUCCCACUACAAUUGUGUAAUAUGAGAGACAUUCAAAUUCUGGAUUUCUCGAUGAAUAACAUCUCUGGAAAUAUACCCAAAUGCGUCAAUAAUUGGACUAAUUUGGCUCUAAAAGGAAGUCCAAGUCUAACUAUCUGGAAUACAUAUAAUAGCUCAAUUGGACAGCUGAGUUAUUUUGAGGAAGCAUCCUUCAUAUGGAAAGGCAUGAUGUCCAAAUAUGAAAGUACUUUGGGGCUUGUAAAGUGUAUUCAUCUGUCGAGUAACCGAUUAACGGGGGAGAUUCCUAAGGAAAUCAUUGAUCUUGUGGGGUUGGUUUCUUUAAACCUGUCAAGAAACAAUUUAACAGGUCAAAUAACUCCAAUGAUUGGGAAGUUGGAGUCCUUAGAGUCCCUUGAUCUGUCAAGAAACCACAUUUAUGGUGGAAUACCAACAAGCCUUUUUCAAAUAUAUGGUCUUGGUUAUUUGGACUUGUCAAACAACAACUUGUCUGGAAAAAUUCCAAUUGGGACUCAGCUCCAAACCUAUGAUUCAUAUGCUUUUGUUGGAAAUCCUCUGCUUUGUGGAAUUCCACUUCAACAGUUGUGCUCUCCUGAGGAAACAAGUCCAGAGGAGCAACCAAUGUUUGGGGAUCAAGUUGAAGAGAAUGAUGGGCUUAUAACAACAGGAUUUUACUUGAGUUUGGCGCUUGGUUUUGUUGUUGGAUUUUGGGGAGUUUGUGGGAGUUUGAUAUUCAUCAGGUCAUGGAGAUACACAUACUACAAGUUCUUGAACUAUGUGUACGAUUGGCUUUAUGUGAGGGUGACGUUGAUUAGGCAACAAAGAACGGUUGAUGGGUAAACUCUCAUGCAUCUACCGUUGGUAAGCAAUGCUGGAGAAGAAGGAGAUUGAAGAGUGCAAUUUGAAGUUAUAAUUUAGUGAAGUGUUGUGUUUAAUUUAGUGGCCUUUUUGUUUUUGCAAUGAUGUUACUUAGAUUAUCUUUGAGGGGUUAAUUAGGUUCUUUUCAUCCUCUUUUACCAAGUGUACCAGUUGAUCAUUUUCAAUAAUUUCUUUGAGAAA